AUCAUAAUAUGGAUGACAAAACAGAUACUGUUUGCACAGAAAUUCCUAUCAAAAAUAACCUCAACACAACACAAGAACCAGUAAUUAAUAAUACAAACCUGAAAAAUAUACAACUAAAUGAGCAAAGAAAA